AAUACAGGUAAUCAGAGCUUGAUGCCUCAUUACUGCACCUAGCUACUGACCCACUGCAAACAUCAAGUAGAGAAUCGAAUACAUUCUAGCAGCAAACGAACAAUCUAGAAUCAAACAUGAAGCAAUCAAUUAGCGUUGUCCUCAUUGUGGCAUUAGCAUUUGUCAUGACAACCCAGGCCCAGAAGUGUCGAAACAAUGAGGACUGUCACAGCGUGUGCAUACAUGACCCAGACCACUCUGUGUGUGACGUACCCUCAGGCGAAUGUCACUGCCAUGAGUACGGCCACAUCAGUUGCACUGACAACGAGAUCUGCAAGGUAAAGUGUAACAACCAGGCAGCCUGCUGUAACAAUGACCACCACUGUCACUGCAAUGAACCGUGCACAAGUGGAUAGUGAAAUGGAUCCUUCACUAACAGACAGUGAAACGAGCCAUUCACUAAUAGAGAGUGAAAAUGUCAAAAGCUUUGUAUUCAAUGUAUCAAAUGAGUCGAAACAAUAUCAAAUGUUUUUUUGUGUUAUUGUCAAAAUUUCAGUCAAAUUGCUUA